CUGUUGGCGGGUCCGGUUCUGCAGCUCGAGCAGGAAACGUGACGGGAAUCAGAGCGGAUCGAUGGUCUGAGGCUGAUCAGGAUGAUGAUGAACUCAGAGAAGAUGAAGAAGAAGCCUCCGAAGGACAGUCUGACUCUCCUGCCAUGUUUCUACUUUGUGGAGCUGCCCAUUGUGGCUUCUUCUAUGGUGUCUCUGUACUUCCUGGAGCUGACUGACGUGGUGCAGCCGGCUCAGGUGGGCUUCCGCUGCCACGACCGGGAGCUCAGCAUGCCGUACGUGGACGGAGGAGACGAGCUGAUCCCCCUGCUGAUGCUGCUCAGCCUGGCCUUCGCCGGACCCGCUGCCUCGAUCAUGCUGGUUGAAGGUCUGAUCUACUGCCUGCAGUCCAGACUGAAGCUCCGCAGGGCUGAAGGAAGCAUCAACGCCGGAGGCUGCAAUUUCAACUCCUUCCUGAGGAGGACGGUCCGCUUCGUAGGUGUGCAUGUGUUCGGUCUGUGUGCGACGGCUCUGGUCACUGACAUCAUCCAGCUGUCGACAGGUUACCACGCUCCCUUCUUCCUCACCGUCUGUAAACCGAACUACACUCAGGCUGGAGUGUCGUGUGAUAAAAACCCGUACAUAACUAAAGACAUCUGCUCCGGACACGACCAGCACGCCAUCGUGGCCGCCAGGAAGACGUUUCCCUCCCAGCACGCGACUCUGUCCGCCUUCGCUGCUGUUUAUGUUUCAAUGUAUUUUAACUCAACCAUCUCAGACAGCACCAAGCUGCUGAAACCUGUGCUGGUUUUUGCAUUCGCCAUUGCGGCAGCGUUGACGGGUCUGACUCAGAUCACUCAGCAUCGCAGCCAUCCCAUCGACGUCUACGUGGGCUUCCUCAUCGGAGCCUUCAUUGCUGCCUAUCUGGCGUUUCACGCUGUGGCCAACUUCAAGUCCUCUGAUGACAUCACUCUGGCCCUGCCUCCCCCACCUCCAAAAGAAGACCCCCUUCGAGCGCUGACGGAGCGAGGACACGAGUCCGUCUACAACAAGGGCCCCGCCUCUGCCUCAGAGAGUAACGAUGAGAUAGCGGCGGCUCCGGCCCCCAUGGACCGGCUGGAGGGCCUGGGGCCCCUGCAAAGGGAGAAGUCCUCCAUGGGGAGCCUGAAGAGGGCCAGUGUGGAUGUGGAACUGCUGGCUCCUCGCAGCCCCAUGGGGAAGGAGACCAUGCUGACCUUCAGUAACACAUUGCCGAGGGCUAGCAUGAACGUUAAUGGGGUGCUGGGGGCCAAUGAAGGACCAGAGGAUCCAGUUCAGUCGGUUCAACCUGUCCAGCCUGUCCAGCGACGCCUGAAGGCCGUGCAGGUUCCCAUGGACCCGAUGCGAUCGCAGCAGCUGGUGUCAGAGUGGAAGCAGAAGUCGAUGGAGAUGAGAGGCCUGAGCGUGCGGGACGAGGCGGAGCGCGAAGCCAGUGAGGACGGUUCCGAGGUGGGCUCUAUGGGGACCGACGACGGGGGAUCUCAGGUCCCUAUCUACCAAUCCACAGUGCAGUCUGGGAGGACAGCCUCCAGUCACAACCCAACUCCACCUCCAGGGAGUGCCAAAGCUGUGGCAACUCCCCGACCACCACAGAUCCCUGAAGCAGGACCCCCACCGGUGUCCCCUAAGAGUGCCCUGACCCGGGCCAAAUGGCUCGCCAUCCGGGAGAAGACAGGUGGGGAGGGGUCAACCCGCGGUGCCGCCAACCAGCCACGACUCAUGCAGGUCAUCGCAAUGUCAAAGCAGCAGGGCCUCCUUCCCUCCUCCUCCUCUGGGGAGAAGUCCUCUGAGACCACCUCCACCUGCUCCGGCACCUCCUCCUCAGCCGACUCUCCGCACUACCGCCCCCCCUCCGAGCAGCAGCGGGAAGGGUCGGGUAUCAUCACGGUGGACGCCCAUGCCCCACACCAUCCUGUUGUCCAAGCCCUGCCACCUCCUCAGGCCCCGUCCCUCGCAGGUAACGGUAACCCAUGGGAGUGGGCAGGGGCAUCCAAUGGCGGUGACCCGCGAGACACCUACGACCUCAACAGCCUGAAUCGAGGAGACUCAGCCGCCCGCGGCAGCAGCUUCCGGCCACAAAGAUCAGCCUCACCGUGCGCUACCAUCAACCCUGACCCGACCCUUCCCCCACCUCACCCCCAGGUGGAGAUGUCAGGGGACGCUAAGCGCAGGGAGAUGGCCAUGAGACGCAAGACAGCACUAGUUCUAUUGGAUCGAGAGAUUCGUAACCAGACUGAACAGGAGAACUAUUACAAGAGUUUGCAGGGACGAAGAUUCAAGGAUUAG